AUGAACGAUCCCUCGCAAUGGCAUUCUAUACGUCCCUGGCGCCCGUCUCUCUCUCUUGCAGUACGAGAGAUCACGUCCGUAUCUGCUACUUUCAUCCUUUCUUCACCGCUAGGUCCCUCCGACUUCGCCUCAGUCGAGCAGUCACUCGCCUCGCUCGGGAUUACAAAUGACGAAGACGAAGACGCUUCAGAGGGCAAUGGGAGCUCUCGCGGCGUUCAAAUAGUCUCAGAUGUGCUUUCGAAAGGCCUCUCCGUGAAGGUGAAUGGCACACCAUGGCAGCGGGUGCUCAUGAAGAUCGACGAUGAAGCGGACCAAGCGGUCAUUAUCCUCUUUGGCCUCAUGCCAGGCAGACAGUACGAUGUUGAGCUCGGCAUUGUUCCGACCGAGAGCUCCCUGCGAAGUCAGAUUACAACAGAUACUGCCCCAAGACCUUCGGAAUCCGACGGUGUCGCAGACUUAUCUUUCGUCUCAGACAUUGCGGAGCAGUCUGACCAGGCGCUCUCAAUAGCUAACUCACAGUCAGACCCCAACGGCACGGCCAUCCCCCCGCACUCGAACCCAUCCGACGCUCCCACUCCAUCGCCCAGCUUCUCACUCGAGGACCGAAGAAUGCAACUCAAUCAUACGCUGUCCGUAUUGACCGCCGAACAUGCAACCCUGACGAGCACGCUCAAGUCAGCUCGCAGGGACGCGCAGAAGGCUGACGCUGCCCUGCGGGCGGAGAUUGAUGCUCUGAAGAGAGCGUCCGAGCGCUCAGCUCCUGCGGAAUUGCGAGCGCGGCAGAAAGCACGAGCACUGCAAGAAGCUGCCCGUCAAGCCCUUGCUGCAGCGGAGCAGGUGCAGGCACGAGUGCAAGAACUCGAGGAGUCUUUACCCGAGCUCGUGCAGAGAAGGGUCGAGGUCGAGCGCGAGUGGGAGCGUGUGCAUGCGGAGGCGGGCGACGUACGCCGCCGCCGAGAGGAGGCCGAACUCAGGGAGAGGAAGAGGGUGGAAGCAAAGCAAGCCGAGCUGGCAGGGCUCGCGGGACGCAUGGAGCGGUUGUCCACCAGGCGAGAAAAACUUGAGGGCCCGGGCGGGACUCUCGGUGAACUCGAAGAGAAGCUACGACGCCUCGAGGAGGAGCGCGAGCGCAUAGAGAGCGAUCCAUAUGGCUACACGUUCGAGGAGCCCGUCGAAGGCGAGCAGGACGCGAGUCAGGAAGACGAACACAACACCCACGCACAAAUACACAUCAGCCCUGGUCGCUCACACUCGCAUGGGCAUACGACCCAUCAUUCUCAUCCGCGCAAACGCCACUCACACCCAACGAACCACCAACGGGGGGCGCAAGCCCCCAUUGCACGACCGGAGCCCAUACAGCGUCCUGGGCACGGAGGCAGAACAAAUCAGCCCUCCGGCCCUGGCGUGAUCCACCUGCAGUCAGGCAACAGCUGCCACGCGCACACAAGCUCGCUGCCUGCCGUCAAGCGGACUCCACCGUCUAAUGCCGGCAGCAGCACAUCUGGUUCUUCUACCAACCCUUCUCCAGCACCGCCGAAUGCAUCCCAUUUGUCGAGCAGGGCCCCACCUUUCGAGCCGCGAGGAAUCAAAUCUGAUUUGAACCCAGGCAGCAGUCCGUUCGAAUCACGUAUCGGCGGACUCGCCGUCGGCGUACAAGGGCAUGCAAAUGUGGAGAGUUUGAAGAAGACACCAGGUACUGGGAAAUCGUAG